GCUUGCGUUGUUCACAUUGUUUUAAUUACCUUUCUGAUUUAAUUGAGGAAUUAUUACAAUCUUACAAUUAUAGAUUACAAAUAAAUGGAGAUAUUGAUAACUUGACAGAUUCUCAAGUGCAAGAUGAUGAUGAUUAA